GAGAGGCUUGGAGCGCAGACAGGAAGUUUAUAACAAACUAAUAUCCGGUGUUUAAGUUAUGUCAAAGCUGGAGCUGUCCCACUGUUGGCUUCAAUGUCUUCGUCUUCUUCUAGCUGAGGCGGGGGAACCUUGUAUGUAGAAAUCUUCUUGAACUUCCUUCAAGCUGACCCUGCUUUGAGGAUUCCCUGAGGAUGGACAAGAACAGAGAUCAUGUGGCUAAGAAGAUAUUAACGCUCACUCUAAAGAUCAUCCAUCUGUUGACUGGAGAGGACUAUGGGCCUAUUAACAAACAAUGCAUUUGCAACGCACCCCAUAACAAAAGCCAGAGCCCCAUCACGGAGCCCCCACUUUCCUCCCUGAUCCCUGAGGGUAGCAAUGACCAGAAAAUACUGGAAGUCACCAACAAGAUCAUCAAACUGCUGACGGGAGAGGUUCCUAUAAGGUGUGAGGAUGUCACUAUCCAUUUCUCAGUGGAGGAGUGGGAGUAUAUAGAAGGACACAAGGAUCUCUUUGAGGACAUCACGGAGGACGAUUGGCAGACCCUCACACCUCUGGGAGAAUCAAUCGCCUGCAGUACACCAGAAAGAAGUCCCAGUCCUGUUUAUGCACAAAAUAGUUUAGAGAACAUUGUCGCUGUAUCUCGACAACCUGAAGAGGAAAAUAACAGUAUUACCCGAGAUGCUAAAGACAAAGAUGACCAGGGGUCUAUAAAUGAAGAUUAUGGUGUAUUGAAGGAUUGUAGGCAGAAAACAGGUGAUCCCCCAAAAGGUUUAAAACAGGAUGUUGGCCAUAUCUCUAAAGAUUCUAGACAGGAAGUUGCCAACCUCCCAAACGAAGACAAACAGGAAGUUGACCAAAUCGAAAAUGACUGUAGACAGGAAAUUGACCUAAUCCGAAAAAUUUGUAGGCAAGAAGUCGAGACGAUCUUGAAGGACUGUAAACGGGAAAUCGAACGUAUCCAAACGGAUUUUAGACCGGAAAUGAACUGCAUCUCUAGACAUUGUAAACAGGAAGCUGGCCACCUUUUAAAGGACGACAGGCAGGAAGUGGACUGCAUCCCUAAAGAUUGUAAACAGGAAGUUGUCAGCAUCUCCAAGGAUUGCAGACAUGAAACUGAACAUAACUCGGGGGAUUGUAAAUCGGAAGUUGACACCAUCCUAAAGGACUGUAAACGGGAAGUUGACUGUAGUCCAAAGGACAGUAGACGGGGGGUUAACUCCACGCCAAAGGACUUCAAACGGGAUGCUGAGCGUAACUUGAAGGAUUGCAGAUGGAACACUGGCCAUGUCCGGAAAGACUGGGAGCAAGAAGAUGAAGAGGUCCAGCAGUAUUAUGAGGAAGAACAACUGAAAGAAGUGAAAAUUGAGAUCUUAUCAGAUGAUGAGUGGGAUGAUGAAGAGUGGGUUGACACAUAUAAAGAAGGAGAAAGCCCUAUAUAUAUUAACACAGAUGAAUCCAGUGAUGGAAAUACACCAGAGAAAGGUCCCCCAAAUCUCUAUCUUGAUUGCAGAGAAGAUGAAUAUGAAUCAUCCCAGGAUUAUCAGCGCCUUGUUCGGCCUCAGGAAAAAGCAAGCUCCUCGCUAAGCAAAAACAAUACUCAGAUUUUACCAAAAAGUCAGCCCGAUAAUGGCGCAACUUCCAGUACAACACUAAACAACAUCAACAUGGUGAAAAGAUGCUCCAUGGGGCAGAGGACUUUCCCUCCCGGUCAGAUGGAAUUGAUGACUCACUUUGGAAUUCCACCUGCUCCGGAACAUGCCCAAAUGCUGCAGCAACACCAACAGCAGCAGCAGCAAAAAAAUAUCAACACUGCCCGAAAAACUACCUCAGACAUUCAGACACUCCAGAAUUUUUUGAGUGAAAUGAACGAAAAUCGUAAAGUCGAAGACAUACCUCAUACUGAGCUUGACACACUGCUUUCGAAGUUCCUUCUUGUGGUGAAAAGGAAGGACGGCAACGAGUACGAGCCACACACCCUCCGCUGCAUGGUGGGAAGCAUCGAUCGGUACCUAAAAGAACACAACUAUAUGCAUACAAUUGUAUACGGGAACAGCAAGGACUUCCCGUUGACCAAGCAGUCACUCAAUGCCAAAAUAAAAUUUUUGAAAAAGAUAGCGGAGAGCAAUCCGCCGAUCAGACAGGAGGCUUUGACGGACGACGACAUUGAAAACCUCUUCAAGAGUGGUACGCUGUCGAUGGACAACCCAACAAGCUUGCUAAACUUGGUGUUUUUCAACAACGGAAUUCAUUUUGCCCUACGAACAAAAGAACAGUACAACCUUAUGUGGGGCGACAUUAAGAUGAAAAUGGACCCCAGAGGGAACCAGUAUUUGGAGUACACUGAUCGCCAGAUGGAGAUGGUGGAAAACCGCAAAAAUGUUAGACAAGUUAAGCCAAGGAUGUACGCAACCCCACAUGCCCCAGACCGAGAUCCGGUGACGGCAUACCUAAAAUACAGGAGCUUUAGGCCCGGUGCCAUGAUGGCACCAGACGCCCCUUUUUAUUUAGCCCCCAACGUCAACUACAACCCUGCCUUCUCAGAAUGGUUCCGCUCUACAAAAAUAGGAAUCCAGAAAAUUCGAGCGAUGAUGACGACCAUGAAAAUUCGGGCAUCUCUUCCAGAAUCAAAAAAGAAAGUAGGGUAUAUUACAAAAAAGAGAUUGGUAGAAAGACUUCCACAACACCUCUUGACAGCCCCUUCAAUGGCGCAAACUAUGCCGAACAACGUACGCAGCAGUGUCAAUCAUUCGAUUGCCACCGAGGUAGCGCAGCAUAAAAUGCCAGCCAUGAUUAAUAACAUCCCGACAUCAAUGGCGAGCCAGUCGCAAGCUAGCAGUUUUCACCCGCGACCUUCGACAAGCAGAUAUGGGGAGCCACCUGUCCAUAAAAGAAGCUUCACGGACCCUGACUUAAUUCAGCAUCACAAUGCGGUUAUGCAGCGUAAUUCGUCUCUCUAUCUCAAUAGCUACGCUCAAUUCAUACCGGAUGAACCAGCAAAGAAGCGCAAAACGGUCCCUUACGACUAAGUCGGAGUAGCGUGACGGUGUGCUUCAACUGCCUUCUCAAGCGACUUUUUGAAAAAGUUGCACCCUGGACUUCCGUUUAAGUUCUCUAUUUUUUAUCAUAUUCAUGUUUUAUGAUUUUCUUAACUUUCACCUCCAAGCUCUAUUUAUUCAACUUUUUAAGUCCUAUAGUAUCUUAUUUAAAUGAAGCUGAUUGUUUCUACAAAAAAA